AGGACCUGACUGGCAUAGAGUCCAUGGACCAAUGUCGUCACACGCUGGAGCAGCACAACUGGAACAUAGAGGCAGCUGUGCAGGACCGACUGAAUGAGCAAGAGGGUGUCCCAAGUGUCUUCAAUCCUCCUCCAUCGCGGCCGUUGCAGGUCAAUACAGCUGACCAUAGGAUCUACAGCUACGUUGUCUCAAGGCCACAGCCAAGGGGCCUGUUAGGAUGGGGUUACUACUUCAUAAUGCUUCCAUUCCGAUUUACCUAUUACACAUUACUUGACAUAUUUAGGUUUGCUCUGCGGUUUAUACGCCCCGAUCCUCGUAGUCGGGUCACUGACCCAGUGGGUGACAUUAUUUCGUUUAUUCAUAUGUUUGAGGAAAAAUAUGGGAGGAUACACCCUGUCUUCUACCAGGGAACUUACAGCCAGGCACUGAACGAUGCCAAGCGGGAGCUGCGCUUCCUGUUGGUUUAUCUUCAUGGAGAUGACCACCAAGACACAGAUGAAUUCUGCCGCAACACACUGUGCGUACCUGAGGUGAUCACCCUCAUAAACACUAGAAUGCUCUUCUGGGCUUGCUCAACCAAUAAACCAGAGGGCUACAGAGUCUCCCAGGCUCUGCGAGAAAACACGUACCCAUUCCUGGCUGUGAUUAUGCUGAAGGAUCGCAGAAUGACGGUAGUUGGGCGGCUAGAAGGUCUCAUCCAGGCUGAUGACCUCAUUAAUCAACUGAUGUUCAUCAUGGAUGCCAACCAGACGUACCUGGUGUCCGAACGCCUGGAAAGGUAUGAGGGAACCUGAGCUCCAGU